AUGGAAGUUUCACCAGGCGCUUUGGAGUUCACAGGUAUGUUUUUUUUUUUUUACUUCAUGGGCAUACAACUGGCCAACCGGCCCCUCCUUUCGUUAAAUUUUUCGAGAGAAGAACUGGUGGAGUCAAGGAAAUAGGGGGCGUCCACCCUCAAAAGGUCAUUCACGGCUCGUGUUUGCUUUCUUCUUCUCGGCUAUCGUGGAAUAGGCUCUUUAGAAUCCACAUGACUGCACUUGAGCUUAACUAUCCACCAAGACUCUGCCAAUGUGUCUCGUGUUUAACCAAAAAAAUCCAACUUGCAUUUACUAACGUCUUGCUUUUUUUUUUUUUUUUUUUUUGAACAGGCUCCUUCACCAAACAGACUACUGAGUAUUUAACUUUAUCCAAUCCAACGAGACAACCUUUGGCUUUUAAGGUCAAGACCACCGCACCCAAAUUGUACUGUGUCAGACCAAACGCUUCGGUUCUCCAACCAGGUGAGUCCCAGCAAGUGUCCAUCAUCUUGCAAGGCUUUUCUCAACCAUUGCCCCAGGACUACAAAUGUAAAGACAAGUUCUUGUUAGUUUCCGUGCCAGCUCCUCCUCACGCUGAUGCCUCAAAAGUCAGCGAAAUCUGGCCCCGAUUGGAGGCCCAAAACAAGAGCGCAGUUGUUUCCAAGAAAUUGAGAGUCAGCUACCUUGUUGGUCCAGAUAAGCAGGAACAACAGCCAGCUCAAGCUCACCACGACUCAGCUGCCCCAGCAGCAGCUGCUGCUGGUGGUGCUGGUGCCUACGGAGCCGCUAACCACUACCAACAACAACAACAACAACAACAACAACAAACACCCCCACAACAACAACAACAACAACAACCACCUCAACACCACCAACAAGCACCUCCUCAGCAACAACAGCAACAACAAAGCCCAUUUGGUCAAACUGCUGGCGGAUCUACUGGCUACAACUACCAACAAAAUGGCGACGCUUCCUACAACCAACCUAGAUCCGCCAACGAUAGCUCUAAUGGCUACUCCGGCUACCAGCAACAACCACCUCCACAGCAACACUACCAACAACAACAAGGUGGCUACAACAGUUUUGGUGGACAACAGCAAGCCUCGUCCCCAGCUGUCCAACGUGAAUUGGAAGCCUUGGCAAGACAAGUUCAAACUUUGUCCAACAAGUUGGACCAGAACGAAAAAGCCGCUUCCCGUAGCCCAGUCUCCGCUAUUGUUGACUCAGACUUGACUGCUACCGGCUUGUCAUUGCCUGUUGCUUUGGUUUUGAUUUUGAUUUCCUUCCUUGUCGGUUGGUUGGUCUUUUAA